AAGAAAUGUCUCGAUUGCAUCGGGGAAGUCCCAAUUGUUUCAUGAAGAAACCUUUGGUUUCGGUUUUAUUUAACAGUCUUUAUGUGGUGCUCUUCUGAGGAGUAUCUUUUGAAAAUUGUCUGCCGUAGAAAAGCGACUCUAUUCGAAACAAGACAAGGAAAUGUCAGAAUCAAAAUGGCAAGAAGGUUCUGAUGAUGAAGAGUUCUUAUUUGUCAAUGAACCAAAUGAUGAAUCCGGCUCGGAAAACUCAAGUAGCAAUGAGGAUUGCAGUGGCUCUGAGGUUCUGCAGGGUGACCUUGAAGAUGCCAUCAAACUUGAAAACAUUGAUUCCGAGGAAAUAGAACAAAGUGAUGGAGAUGACGAUACAAGGCAUUUAAGUGUCGACGCUAAAGUUAAACAUUUGCAAGAAAGUUUUAAGUCAAUUCCACCAUUGAUGAUCAGAAAGGUUUUACAACGAGAUGACAUAAUGGGAGAUCUUCGUGCUGCAAGUAGCUGCUUGAAAGCUAUGUCAUCCACUGGAGGGGCAUCCAAUAUAGGACUGCAAGGCAAAGCAUCGACAACAAAUAAGGCGAAGAAACAAAAGCCACCGGUAUUACCCAAGAAUAAAAAAAAGGAUUCUGCAGGGAAAUAUGUGAAUAUAAAUGAAAGUACUGGUAAGGAAGACGCAGCUGUGCAUGUUAACAGGAGUCAAUUAGAAGGACAUGAAGAUGAAGAUGAAUUUGGAGAGGACCACCACUCAGUUGAAGACUUGGAGAUUGAUGACCAAGAGUACUUAAGCCUUAACGAAAAAGUGAAGAUUCUACAAGAGAAAUUCAAAGGUUUUCCUCCUUUUGUCAUCCGAAAGGUUUUGGGACGACAAGACGUGAAGGAAGAUCUUCAAAUGGCAAGCGAAUGUCUGGAAAAAAUGUCUCCCUUGAAAGGAACUUUUAAAGAUCGCGACGGAGAAGAUGCUUGUAAAGAAUCGAAAAACCAAGGAGGACGCAAAGCGUGGGAAGGAAAGCAAAAUGGCAACCAGGGAUACGGUUCUCCCCCGCCGAAUCCCGAUGAAGAACCAAGUCAAGAUAAGGAGAGAGGUGCUGAAGUCAAUGCUGGAAAUAAUACACCAAGGAAUAAAAGAAAUAACAAAAGAAGAAAUCGAAAAAAGAAUUUACAAUCGCAACAGCAACAAGGAAACGAAAGAAUCCUAGAGAAUGAAGAAAGAACUGAACCAGGUGACAAUUUCCAUCCUGGAGGUCGGCUGGGAGGUUACCAUGACCGUCAUCAGUGGGAGAACUGGGAAUAUCCUCAGCAACCACAAUGGGUUCAUGGAGAAUACCCACAGCAGCCAUGGGGACGCGGUGGGUGGAACUCUGGUGGUCCUCCUCAAGGAUGGGGAAGAUACAAUAAUAGAGGUGGAAAUCAAAGAGGCUUUCCAAGAGGGGGUGGCAGAAAUCCUUAUGCAGAUAAUUACUAUAAUGAUGCUAAUUUUGGACCACAUCCGCAUUGGAUUGGUCACCCUUAUAAUGAAAAAGCGUAUCCUCCACCCAGCCAUGUAUUUCCUCGAUCCUAUAGUGAGGCGGACGUUCGAACUGAUGGCCCCCAGCAACGAGUGAACCGUGGUCAACCUCGUCCACGCAAUAACCAGAGACGAAAUGUGAACCAAAAUGCUCAAAAUAGACGAGAUGGUGGAGGCCAUAACUGGGUUGGUCGUGGAGCUGGGAGAGGGGUAGGAAAACGACGAGCAGCUCAACCUCAAAAUGUCCCAUGUCACGAUGAUGUCAACAAUGAAAGUGAAAACCUUGAACCAAAUUUAAUUCUGAUACAAGGGUUAAAGUCAUCAACAACUUUUGAUACAAUACGUAACUUCGUUGAAGCCAGAAGUGGUGAUGUAGUCCAUGAUAUUGCUAAAACUAACGAAGGUCUGAAUGCUUUGGUGACACUUGAAAAGAUCAGUAAUUUUCAAAAUGCAAAGCGAGAGAUGGAGAGCCGCAAUCUUGAGGGGGCAAGGGUUACCGUACAUAGAGUACCUGUCAGUUCCAGUAUUCUGGUUCGCAAUUUGGCAUCUAACACUACCCGUGAUGCUCUGGAAUAUUACUUCUCUAAUCCACGAAUCGGUGGAGAGGUCACCAGUAUCCAGUAUGAGGAAGGGAAUGAAGAGGCUGUUGUCACGUUUAAAGAUCCUGAUGUAAUGAAGAAAGUUCUGAGUUUAACGUCACUGAAACUGAACGAUUCAGAACUAACAGCGGAAAGGUUCAACCCAUCCAUCCAAGACACUACCCAGGGGCAGCCUACUCAACACGACAUUGCAGUAGCUGUUGACAAAGACGUGAUGGAGUUCAUAUCAUCAAGAGAUUCUCUCAGGGAGCUCAAAGAAUCGUUGAAGGUCCAUGGAUUCACCAUGAAGUACACCUCUGGGGAUACGAUUGUCUAUGUCACGCCAAAACGUGCCAAAGAAGGUUCAGUCAAUAAAGAAAGAGGAAUAAAAACUGUGACUGAUUUUACUAAGCAGUUCAAUACUAUCGAGCUGGAUGUUGACAAGAAUCAUUGGGAGGCUGUCAUCAGCGGCAUUUCUAAUCUGCACAAUGAGAUCGGAAAGGAAAAGUUGUUGGUCAAAGAAUGUGCAUCCUCAAAGGACAAAGCCACCAUCAUCUGCCGAGAGGAUGAUUCAAAAGACCUGAAGAGAAUGUUUUUGGAAAAAAUCGCAGAAACUCUGAGCCUUGAAGCGAGAAAAGGAUAUGAAAAACAAACAAUCGAUGUUGAAGAAGAAAAGUUAGCUCUUCUGAACAAAACUGGCUUUAAAGACAAUCAUUUGUGUGAAUAUGAUGAGUUAGAAGUAGACAUUGAUCAAGAUAAUGGUACUAUUACAAUAACUGGACCAAAGAAACAAGUUAACGAAGCAAAGAUAAAAAUAUACCAAUAUUUAUCAAAGAUGAGCGAAAGGAAAAUCUCACUCUCUCAGACUGUUUUUGAGAUGCUGAAUACUGAAGAAGGGCUUGAAAGAAUUGGAGUGGAGCUGAGGAGUAAACAACUUGAAGCUGUGUUUUGUAUUGAUGAAGAUAUGGAGACAACCACUGCAUCUGUUGUUGGAAUUAACAAGAAAGACGCCGAUGAAGCAGCGGAUCUUAUCAAAAGCAUCACCACUGAAAUCAAAAUCAAAGUGGAUAAGGACAUAAUGGAAGUUCUCAGAACACAGAAAUGGCGCGAUCUUUGUGAUGAAGUUAAACAACAAUUCAAAGUAUACGUUCGUAGAAACGAGUACUUUGAUACGUGGAUCGCAGGUUUUAAGGGAGAUGUUUCAAGUGCUAAUGACAGAAUUCAGAAAUUCCUAGAUGACAAUUCAAUUGGAACUGGAACGUUUUGCUGUUUAGAUAAGGGUGUUAGACGCUACAUCAUGGAACACAGAAAAGAUGAACUUACUAACAUGGAAAGUUCGUUGAAACAAUAUACGGUGAAAAUCAAAGCUGACGAGACUGCGGACGCGUUUUUGAUAUCUGGUACCAAGAUAGGGAUUGCUCGUGUACAGGCAGCUAUGCAUGUCUUGACGAGCUCUGUUGCCGUUACGGAAUUGAAAGUUCAACAGUCAGGUUUGAGCAAAUUUUUUACUACUGAAAAGGGAAACAGGUUGAUCAAAUCUGUAGAACAUGAACACAAGUGUGCAAUAGAAAAAAUGGGCGAUGUUUCGCAAAGGGCAAAGAAGGAUGUUCCAGGCCAAGGCAGUGAAGAGAGUACGGAUACUAGUUCGUCAAAUGAAAGUGAUGAGGGUGAUGAUGUUAGUGGGCAGGCGUAUUCCAGUCCAAGUGUCCUCAGUGGUCCCAUGACCAUGACGUGUGGAAAUGUAAGGAUAUCAUGGAAACAGGGCAACAUUGAUGCUGAUGAUGCUGAUGUACUAGUUGGAUCCACUAUUGGUCAACUUUCUAAAGUCUUCCAAAGAGCAGGUGUGGCUAUGAUACAACAGCACGCGGGUGGCGUGUCCGUAGUUUCACAGUGUGGCAGUCUUAGUUGUAACCACGUAAUUCUAACAAAGUGUUGUAAUUGGGAUGGUGGAAACGGCGGCGCCGAGACGCAACUACGCUCAAUAGUUCAACAAUGUCUUCAGCAGGCACUGCAGCUCAAUGCCACAUCAAUAGCCUUCCCUAUCAUUGGCACAGGAGGACUUGGUUUUCCUAAUAACACAGCCUGUCAAAUAAUGAUUAGUGAAGUGAUUAAUGUCACUAGUCGAAUGGGACGUUCUUCUUUGAACGACGUCCGCUUUGUUGUUUUUGCUCAAGAUACACAGUUGGUAAAUGCAUUCCAACAAGAGUUUACCCUGGCUAGUGGUCAGAUCAGUGGUCCUGUGCAAAGAGGUGGAGGUUUUUAUUCUCUAAUGCGUCACCUGUUCCAGGGUGUCGCUUCUGGGAGCAGGACGAACCAUUUUGGGAAUGUUUCAGUACAGGUUCUUCAGGGUGACCUACUCCAGCAACAAACUGAUGCCAUUGUCAACAUUAUCGGUACUGACAUGAUAAUGGCCAAUGCAGGUGUGCUAAGCACAGUAAUUGAGCAAGCAGCAGGACCAGCUGUGCAGCUGGAAUGCAGUAACCAAGGUCAACAACCAGCGGGAUCUGCCGUGGUAACUGGACCAGGAAACUUAACACAGUUCCAAAACAUCAUCCAUGUGAUUCCAGGAAAACCCCUCCAAACGUGCAUCGAGAACUGCCUCCGGACUGCAGAUAAUCAUGGGUUUGGGUCUGUUUCUUUACCGGCGAUUGGAACUGGAAAGUCUGGUAUGUCAAGUGCCGAUUCGGCUCAGGCUACUUUUCAGGCCCUAGCCAAUGUGUGUCCAAAUCUUCAUAGCCUUGGGGAAGUAAGAAUCGUGAUUUUCCAAGCACCUAUGGUUGCAACCUUCCAGCAAACACUCCAGCAAUACUUGACUGGGUCCUUCAAGCAAAGUAAGCCUCAUAAAAUACCACCAGCUAAAAAAAGAGAAAAAUCUCACGCUCCUAGCAAGACACCUGAUCAUUUAGACGACGCUGUAAUGGCUAUUCAAUUCCAUGUGUUUGGUAAAAGUAAAGACUGUGUUGACAGAGCCCAGAAAGACUUAACCAAGCGUUUUACCGAAGCCUGUAAGACACAGGCAGUGGAAAACGAUGUUGUAUCCAAACUUAGUGAAAGACAGCGAAACAAGCUAAGAACAAAAGCCAGGAAACUUGAUGUGAGUAUAAAGUUUGAGGACAGAAUAGGGCGUAUUGUGGUGCGAGGUGAUCCAGAGGAUGUUAGCACCAUCGUUAACGAUAUCUGGGAAGAGAUCCAAGAAAGAGGCAAAAAAGAAAAGGAAAGUGAACAAGCUGAAGUGAUUUAUAAAACAGUCAAAUGGCAGUACGAGUUGCAUGGAACAAGAAAGUAUUUCAACAAAAGCGCAAACGCUACAAUCGAGAAAGCACAUGCCAAUGAUGACAACCGAGUCACGGUAGAUGUACAAGGGGAGAAAUAUGUUAUCGUGUUAGCUACAUCUACUGGAACAGGACUGUCUACGGGGCAAACCAUGUCUGUCACGCGCACGACUGUAGAGUCGAAUGGAAGCCAUGGCAAAGGUGUUACAUUACCCAAGGAUUGGUGCCCAAUGCCCCGAGAUAGCAGUGGUAAAGAAGUAACCGUGCAUCGUUUUAACCUAGCAAAUGGUUCGGCUGAGUACCAAAAGGUGCACAACCUCUUCCAAAGUACAGGAGGACGUGGAAAUAUACUAAAAAUAGAACGAAUACAAAACCCUCACUUGUACCUGCAGUAUAUGGUCCAUAAACAGAAAAUGGACAAGGAUAAUACAGGAAUGAACAAUGAACAGCAAUUAUUCCACGGAACAGCAGAGAAAAAUGUGAACGAUAUUAAUACAACAGGAUUUAAUAGAAGCUUUGGUGGAACCGCUCAUGGGACUGCAUAUGGAAACGGAGUGUAUUUUGCAAGAGAUGCAUCGUAUUCAAUGGGAUAUGCUAAAGGUGGUGGAUAUAAUAACAACAGACACAUGUACCUUGCUCGUGUAUUGACAGGGCGACAUGCUCCAGGUCAAAGCGGAAUGAUUGUGCCACCUAGAGGUUUUGAAUCUGUAGCGAACAGUACUGGUCAUAAUGCAAGCAUCUUCGUAGUGUUUUAUGACGCUCAGUGCUAUCCUGAGUACUUGAUUACAUUUCAAUAGCGCAGAUAACCUACAAGACUGAAGAUCCUACAGUACUCCAUUGUACUGAUCCUGAUCUUUGUGGUAAUGCAUCGUGACUCUCAGUUCUAUCCUGAGUACUUGAUUACAUUUCAGUAGUGCAGAUAAUAACCUACAAGACGGAAGAUCCAUACUAAUAUUAGUAGUAGUAGAAGAACUGGUUUUGAUGCGAGCGUUUAAUAGGGGCUUUUAUUUAAUGAUGUAGUGGGCACUUUAAUAGAAAUGCUUCACUGGCAACUGGCUCAUGAGACACUUUUUCCCAUAGCAUAAGAAAAGUAGAACUACGCAAAAUUGUGUUCUCCUAAACUAAAGUGAGAUCAUUAGGACACAAAAUGUAUAUAAUUAUCCUUCUUUAUCUUUCUAGCAUCGUAUAAAUGAUGUGUAACGCCCGGAAGGGGGGGGGGGGGGGG